CAACUCUUCUCUCCUUCUUUUAUUCAUGACUAAACGUACAGCUAAAAGCAAUAGUGUUCCACUUCACAAAGUGAUUAUGGUGGGUUCAGGUGGAGUGGGUAAAUCCGCCUUGACACUUCAGUACAUGUACGGUGACUUUGUAGAAGAGUAUGAUCCAACAAAAGCAGAUUCGUAUCGAAAAAAGGUGGUAUUGGACGGACAUGAUUGUCAAAUUGAUAUUUUGGAUACAGCAGGACAAGAGGAAUAUGCAGCCAUUCGAGAUAAUUAUUAUCGGUCAGGUGAAGGGUUUUUAUGUGUGUUCUCCGUGUGUGAGCAAGAAUCUUUAGAACAUACACAAGAAUUUCGAGAUCAGAUAUUGAGAGUGCUUGAUGAUGAAUCCAUUCCGUUUGUACUAGUAGGUAAUAAGGUCGAUUUAGCUCAUCUUCGUAAAGUCAAUUCGUCAGAGGCUGAACAGUUGGCUCAGGAAUGGCAAUGUCCUUACAUUGAAACUUCUGCAAAGACGAGACAAAAUGUAGAGGAGGUUUAUAGCACUCUCAUGAGAUUAAUAGUGAAAAGAAAGGAAAUCAUGCAUCGUGAAGAAGCAAAGACAAAAAAGAGCUCAUGCUUGAUACUGUAAUGUGACCGUCCCUUUUUUUUUCUUUCUUUUUUUUUUUUUUUUUUUUUUUUUUUU